AUGCGUACCCAGUUCCUGUGCCUCGCGGGCGCCUGGCUGGCCAGCUGUGCUGCCAGUCCAGUUGCCAGUCAUCCUGGUGAUGCUUCCGUGCCCCAGAUGGCUCUUAAGGACUCGCACGCCCCGUUCCCCGUCGUGACUGGCCAUGAGAUUCAUAUUCCCUGUGCGACGAUCCCAGGAUUAAAGGAGGGCGAGGCCAAGGAUGUCUCUAAAGCAUAUCUGGCGAUGAAACUCCGCACGGAGAGCAAUGCUCUAUUUGUCAACGAUGUUACCGUCUUUCCUAGUUCAUUCCCCAUGCAUUUGCCGGCAACCCGAUACCAGGACGCGUCCAGGCAGAAUGCGGAGCAUCUGCUCCUGCAGUACGCCAUGGACAUCGAAUAUAUGCCCCCUCGUCCGGAUGGGUCUCUGGUGCAAGACAUCUACCGUGUGCAACUCAAGUUCUUCGACCUUUCCGGCCGUCCUGCCACGACAGACACUGUCAGUGUUCGAUUGUCGUCGCAGCAGUCGAGCGAAUUGUACAUAACUCAGAUCUCCGUCGAGCCACUUCCCCACUACCAUGACGCGCACGGCGAUGGAAAUUGUGUCUGGCACGCCAAGUACUGGAACUUGAUUAUGGAAAAGUACCGUACCUGGCGCGAGAAGAAAGAACACGGCGCCCACAAAGGACCCAAGUCGCAGGAGAAUGACGACCACGAGCACAAUGAUCACCACCACCAUCCCAAGGAGCGACCAGCAACCCACGGGGGAGCCGAGGAGCGCAGACCAUUCCUCAAGGAACGACCCACCACACACGAGGAGGAUAAGGAGAGCAGUCCACAACUCCCGACGACGGACUCCAACAAAGCUGCGCCCGACUCCCCGUUCCGGGUGUAUGGAGUGGACAAAUCUCUGCGACCGACGGCUUUGCGUAACAAGGAUUACCGCCGGGACUUCUGGCGACUCGUGGUGCCUGCCAUCAUUCCGGGACUUUUGGGGGCCGUUGCUGGAUUGGUAGUGUGCACGAUGGGGUUGCUUCUCUGGAAGGUUGUGGCAUGCACGUGUGUCAGUAUGCAGCAGGGUCGGAGAUGUCGGAAGCGUUGCCAAAGGAAGCAAGGCGUUUUCUUAUCGGAGAAGCAACGACUACUGCAGCAAGAUGAGCUGAGUGAGGCGUAG